AUGAGCAGGAGGAAUGAACAAACUCACAAGGUUGUUCUUUUAGGAGAUUCUGGAGUGGGAAAAACGUGUAUUUUGUGUAGAUACAACCAUGGUAAAUUUAAAUCGCAAUCGCCAACAAUAGGAGCAACAUUUUCCACGAGAAGACUUAAAGUAGAUGGUGAGAAUGAUUAUAUUUCUCUGCAAUUGUGGGAUACUGCUGGUCAGGAACGCUUUAAAUCCAUGUUACCAAUGUAUUAUAGAGGAGCAGCAUGUGCAGUAGUUUGCUUUGAUAGUAUGAGAAAACAAACUGCAGAGAAUGUGAAAAACUGGGUGAAGGAUCUUCAACAUCAUGCAGAUGAGGAAAUUCUAGUUGUAAUUAAUUGCACAAAAACUGACUUACUCAGAGAAACACCAGAAUGGAGGACUUUUAUUAAAAACUAUAUUAGAGAUACAUCUAGGAAUAGGAGCACUUUGGAAAAUGUUGUAAGCUCUGCUGAUAGAACUGGAUCUCUUUCAUCAUUUUCGUCAACAUUAACAGGAUCAAAUGCUCCUUCAAGCAAUAUUACAAGCAUUUCAGAAGCAAGUUCACAAUUAUCACCAUUGAGUGAAUGUGAUUCUCAAUCAGAAGCAUCUUUUGGACUUACUGGCCUCUAUUCUGAUCCAAGACAUCCAUUCUUUGACAUGAUUCAAUAUGCUAAAAGUAUUAAUGCUGUCUACGUUGAAACAUCAUCCAAAGAAAAUGAAGGGAUUGAUGAUCUUUUCUAUGUAGUUGGGAAAAAACUUAUUGACUGUAAUAGAAGGAGAAGAAGACAAGAGUUUGGUUAUCUUUCACCAACUGGAAAGUCAAGAUUCAGUGAUGAUACCGAUAGUUUUUUAAAUGGUGACAUUAUCUCAACAACAUCCAGCUCGUACACAAUCAAGACAACCAAGGUUGAAAAACAAGGUAACACUGGGUGUUGUGGAUCAGGUAGCAGCAAACCAACAUUGCCAACUCAAUCUCCAAGAAGAGAGGACAAUGUGAUUUAUGUCAAGUCAGGAUCUGUGGAUGAUAGAUAUAGGUGA